ACAGCACUUCAGACAGCAGUAUGCUGUAGUCGGCAAUCUUCCGUUUUGGUAUAGAGUGGGACAGGGAGGGGGUGAUGCUACUGUAGUCGAACGGUGGGACGGACGUGCAGUUCAGUUUUUGGGCACGCAUACGUGCUGCAGGGAUUUUCAGGUGUACCGCUUCGGGCUCUUGGAUACCUUUUUCUCGUUAUAUGUGGCGACAGUCCCCCCAUUUUUCGUGUGGCCUGCUUUAUCAGCUUCUGAUUUUGAUGCAAGCGACCAUGAUAUCAGUCUGCUGGGCCGGAGCCAACCUCAUUAAGCUCAUCAAAACGUUCAAGUUCCUGGAACUAGCGUCCGUGAACAUGCUCGCCACGACCAACCUCGCCAUCUGCAUCAACCUCGCCCUCGUCGUCAUGUCAGAAUCUAUCAACAACACGAGCCCUUCUGCCCCCCAUGGUAUCUGUUCCUUGUUGCCUUUGUCUGGUACCUCGGUAUGCGGCCUUCUGUCCCUUGUUCUCCCGACUGUUGGGGACACGGCACAACUGCAGUCUCAUGGAGAUCAACAGCCUGGUGUCAACAGCCUCAGCUCGCCCUUGCUGAUCAUGGUGUCCCUCGUGAUUUCCAUCGGAGCGGCCGCCGCCGCCGCGCCCUUCUGGGACUUCAUCAUCCUUUCCGGCACGGGCUUCUUCCCGGAAACAGAAAACCAGCGAGGCAGUGACUGGAUCACAGUCUCUCGCUUUUAUCUCGAGUUCUUCGUCGGCAUCUGCAUGUUCGUCAUCGUGGCCUGGCUACUGCUGUUCCGGAUGACGGAGAUCAAGGAAUGCUGGAAGACGCACGCCCGCAUCCGCUACUACUUCGGUCUCACCCUCAUCGCCACGGGCGUGAAUCUGAUUCUCGGCAUUUGCGGCGUGAUCUACCUGAUCGGCGAUCGAGAGGAGUGAGUGACCGUACCGCCAUCAUGACUAGAGAUAGAAAGUUGGGGAAUUCGGGGAACAACUGUUGGGCAUAGGCCGCCUAUGGUGAGAGUAUUCCAUGUAUCACGAAACGUGUGCCGUAAUUUUCGCCGCACCCUAUCGCGCGUAGAACCUUUUAAUGGAACCACGCCAUCAAGGCAAAGGAGGAUUGCGAACAUGUUCUGUGACGUCUUACAUGGCAUGAGUUGGCCUGGCUACAACGUGCAUCCUUUUUCCCUACAGUAGUGGGAGACCAAGAACGCUACUCAGCCCCUGUUCUCUAGGUCCGUGAAUGACGCAUGCACACCUAACGAACCACAAUGCACGGGAAGAGGCGGGGAGACCUUUGCACAGUGCAUGUCUGGUGCAAGGCACUUCACUCGCAUGACAGCUAUACAUCAUUCUCGCGCAUAUGGCAAGACUGACGCUAUAUGCCGUCGGCGAUCAUCGAAGGGCAGCGUGCCGUGCCGAGCGCAACCACGGACGGAAUUCAAUGCUCACGACGAUUUACGCUAAAUGAAUAUUGUUGUUGUUGUACAGCCACAAGGCCUAGCAUGCCCAGCAGCUGCUCCUGGUCUCCUCAAUUUCUUUUGCCAUUGGGUUGAAUUGCUCGUGAGCUCUAGCGUUGGUGUGGGUGGGCGGACUUGGGGUUGCUGUUUGACUGUGUGUAUUAGCUUGCAAGAGAGAAGACACGAAGGGGAGAGAGAGAGGAGGAGUUUUGACAGGAAACGGGGACUCCGCACUAAUAUCCAAAGCCUCUCACCACAUACCCUCGAGAUACAUACUAAGUGCGUCCCAUGUAACGUCUACUUUCACUCUACUCCACGCACGAAAAUAGCACAUGCGGGGACGUCUUGUUACAAUGGUUUUGUAUCGUCUUGAACAAAACUCGUUCUUGAAUGGAAUUUUUUGUUCGUUGCCUGUCUCGUCGUGGGUGGCGAUGAACUGAUGGCGUCAGGAGCGAUGAAUUUUCCGCUACCUGCCCCUGACAGCGAAUGGUCUAUUCGGUGGUCACUAUGAUUGGCUACGUUGCCAUUUACUUUGUCUUCCUUUCGUGACGGGAGCAGUACAUGUACCGCUUAGGUACAUAUACAUCGGUCGCCCCGGUGGUCUAGUGGGUAGCUUCGCAGCCUGCUAAGGGCCAGGUCAUGGGUUCGAGUCCCGGCAGAGUGAGUUUUUUUCUCACUAAAUUAAUCCUGGUCUAGGAUGAACGCGACGCGCUGCAAAGCUCGUUGUUAGUAAACCAUAAUCGACUUCGUAGGCCGCGAGGGAAGGGAUUGCUGUAUCCUUCUCGCGAUAAAAUUACCUCAGGCAGGAACCGCAGGAGGGGGUCCAGCCCUCCCCUCCUAUGUGACCCCGGUUGGGUCGUCUAGCUAGUAGAAGUGGAGGAUAGGGGCCAGAGGGGCAGACGACAGAGUCCAAUGAUGGGAGAAAAAAAACAAAAAAUACACCCCAUCAAAUGCAAAAAAGUACCUUGCACUGUUCUCGGCUCUUGCUGGGUGAGUGCGAAGAGACAAGAUUAGCUAAAGUUUUGCCUUCACAUCACCCACCCUCCAUUGCGUGUGUGCCCUGCACUUCUUUUUGAUCCGUCUGUUCCUGUCCAAGGCCUCAGCUUAUCGUCGUGUCAUGGACGCUUCCGCACAUUCACAUUGCACUGGACACCAUGGCCCUCUACGGCGUCCUGGGCGCAUCACCAAGGUACAUGGACAAGCGCCACGGCGUUGCUUCGUCUGAAGCCGCGGUCUCCGUGACACAUUCUCAAGGGCGUCGGACCUCGAGUAAACCUGGAUCAAGCAACGCCGCCUUGCAAAGUACUUGCGGCGUGGAAAAGGUCGAGGCAUGCGGCUUGGUCGAGAACGACGGGCUGAAGCGGAUUUGUUCCACCCACGGGGCCUGUAGUUCGAAAGCCAGAUUGUAUGUGCGUGCUGCGUGCGCUGCCAUGCGCCGCGUCGUGUGGUAAUUGGUUUAUGUGACUCGGAUAGGUAUAGUAGUCUGGGCGCGCCUUGAAGCGCUCCACUGCCCCUUGGCCCUCAUCAGAGUUUCACGCUGUGGGCCUCUUGAUCGUGUCUUGGGGGCCAAGAUGCAGCUUCUUGUGUUUUUCGGCAAGGUUUCAUGGCAAACCCAUGCAGCCUUGAAGGUGGUGGUUGUGCUCAGUUCGUCCUGAGCGUCCGUCUGGCAGGCUGAAAGAAGAGAUAGUAAAUUGGCCGUCGCUGUAGCAUUCUGUCGAGGAUUGGUUACAAGUACGAGCGGGCACGGGCAAGGCGUGUAUCCCCACAGGAUAUUCGCUUUCUUCGUUUCAUGCGUAGAUAGGACAGCUUCCCCGACUCUGUAGAUAAUAAUAGUGUGUGUUCUUUAGAUGUUCUGAUGUCUCUAGCAUUUUUUGUGACCACGGACAGAGUCUUUGCUAGGUUUUGGGAUUAGCAACUGACACGAGUUUAAUGUGAAGAACAACAAACAAAUCUUUUAUUUAGUAUUGGUAUGCUAUCAUGCACAAUCUUGAUCUUUGCGCCACGCAAGUAUCUUAGCGGCGGUGCAUGGCUCACGCUUGUUGGGAAAAUGUCUUUUACAGAAGUAGUGUUUUUCGCAUUUCGCCUUGACGGUGCUCGGAUUCUAGUCAGAUGAUAUGAUGUGGGGGGAAUUGCCGGUAAACGUUCUGGUCACGAAAACGUUUUGGGUGAGAAAAAUAGAACAACCGUUUGAGGCCGUCGCGAUUCUCUUCAUGAACGUGGUGAGACACCCAUAAAAUUGC